AUGAAACUUUUUAAUGCUGCUGUUGCCGCUUAUUUGGCUGUUGCGGUGUCGGCUGCUCCUGCCGCUGACUGCGCUGAUGUCAAAUUUCACGCCCACCAUCGCCACAAGAGAGAUGUAGUGUACGACUACGCCUACGUCACCGUCACCGUUGACGGAAGCGGAAACAAGGUGGUCGGAUCUGAAACAUCCGCAUCCCCAGCUGCAACUUCAGCUGUAACUUCAGCUCAACAACCUUCCGCACAGACUUCUGCAGUUGCUCCAUCGCAGUCUUCGCAACAAGCGUCCAAUGCAGGCCAGGGCUCAUCGGAGACUUCUUCUAGCAGCAGCUCGAGUGGUUCUUCGAGCGGUGGCUCUGGAGGUAUUUCCGGAGACCUUUCUGCUUUCCUGGAUCCUAGCGUCGCCUUUGAAGACGGUGUGCUUUCGUGCUCCGAUUUCCCCUCGGGACAAGGUGUGAUCUCAUUGGACCACUUGGGAUUCGGAGGCUGGUCUGGUAUCGAGAACAGCGACGGUUCUACCGGUGGUAACUGUAAAGAAGGUUCGUACUGCUCGUACGCCUGUCAAUCGGGUAUGUCCAAGACUCAAUGGCCCAGCAGCCAGCCUGCCAAUGGUGUGUCGAUUGGAGGAUUGUUGUGUAAGAAUGGGAAAUUGUACAGAUCCAACACCAACACUAAAUACUUGUGUGAAUGGGGUGUUGACAAGGCAUCUGUUGAAAACCAAUUGUCACAAACAGUGGCUAUUUGCCGUACUGAUUACCCCGGUACUGAAAACAUGGUGAUUCCUACUGUUGUUAGCGGCGGAUCGUCAUCUCCUAUCACGGUGGUUGACUCUGCUUCGUACUACAAAUGGCAAGGAGGAUCUACUUCUGCGCAAUAUUACGUCAACAAUGCUGGUCUUGAUUGGCAAAAGGGAUGUGUGUGGGGUACCCAAGGAUCUGGUUUGGGUAACUGGGCACCAUUGAAUUUUGGUGCUGGUUACGACAAUGGUAUUGCAUACUUGUCAUUGAUUCCUAACCCUAACAAUUACGACUCGUUGAACUUUAAAGUGAAGAUUGUUGCCGACGGAGGCAGCGUCAGUGGACUGUGCGUUUAUGAAAACGGAAAAUACAAUGGAAACGGAAGCGAUGGAUGUACCGUUGGAGUAACCAGCGGUAAGGCCAAGUUUGUGUUGUACAAUUAG